AUGCUAUCUCAUGCAAAUUACGGCAGAUUUAUCAUAAGACGUCUCCGUAAUUGCGACGUGAGGAGAUACGGCGAGAGCGCUCGAAGCCGCCGUGCAGAAAAAAAGGCAAUUAAAGGGAUAAACUGGAGCAGUUGGGUCGUGACUGUAUCUCGGCAGAACGAACGAGCGCGGCGUGCUGCGUGCGUGCGUCUUCGCCCGGCGACACGUAAAGGGCGUGGGCAAUAUCAUAGAGUACACGCCGGAGACGGGGCUGAACAUCCGCCAGAGACGCUAUUGCACUUCAAGCUUUACAAAGCUAAAAGCAAUACAGUUAUUUGA